UGGCGGGCGCAGGGGCCGCGCUCGGCGCUCCCCGCGUUUGAGGGGCCGCCCCGGCCCCCGCCGCGCUCCCGCCGGCGGCAACGACCCCGCAGCACCCCGAGCCCCGCCGCGUCCGACAUGAGGGAGAAGGGCCGCAGGAAGAAGGGCAGGACCUGGGCAGAGGCCGCCCGGACGGUCCUGGAGAAGUAUCCCAACACACCCAUGAGCCAUAAAGAGAUCCUUCAGGUUAUCCAGAAGGAAGGACUUAAGGAGAUCAGAAGUGGGACGUCCCCCCUGGCCUGCCUGAAUGCCAUGUUACACACCAACUCCCGCGGGGAGGAGGGCAUCUUCUACAAGGUGCCGGGACGCAUGGGAGUCUACACCCUGAAGAAGGACGUCCCAGACGGGCUGAAGGAGCUGUCAGAGGGCUCGGAGGAGAGCAGUGAUGGCCAGUCCGACUCGCAGAGCUCCGAGAACAGCAGCAGCAGCAGCGACGGCUGCGCCACCAAGGACGGCAGGAAGAGCAGGUGGAAAAGGAAAGUGUCGUCCCGCCUGUCCCAGACGUCGUCCCCGCAGUCGGGCUGCCCGUCCCCCUCCAUCCAGGGCAAGGUGCUCUCCUCCUCCCAGAAGCACAGCAAGAAGGCUCUCAAGCAGGCCCUGAAGCAGCAGCAGCAGAAGCAGCAGCAGCAGCAAUGCCGGGGAAUGCCCGUGUCCUCUAACCAGCACGUCCUGCUCAAGGCCGUCAAGGCAGGCGGGGAUUCCACUCCAGGUUGGGAAGGGAAGCAGGCAGAGGGGCAGUCCAGCAGCCCCCAGAACUCCACCUGCAGCUCCUCUCCCUCUGUGAAGCUCGAGAACUCCCUGCCAGGGCUGGGCAAGAAGCCGUUCCAGAGAUCCGACAGGCUCCAUGCAAGGCAGCUCAAGAGGGCCAAGUGCGCCGAGAUCGACGUGGAGACGCCCGACUCGAUCCUGGUGAACACGAACCUGCGGGCGCUGAUCAACAAACACACCUUCUCUGUGCUGCCCCCCGAGUGCCAGCAGCGCCUGCUGCUGCUGCUGCCCGAGGUCGACAGGCAGGUGGGGGCUGACGGGCUGAUGAAGCUCAGCGGCUCCGCGCUCAACAACGAGUUCUUCACCUCGGCCGCCCAGGGCUGGAAGGAGAGACUGUCAGAAGGAGAGUUCACCCCGGAGAUGCAGCUCCGGAUCCGGCAGGAAAUCGAAAAGGAGAAGAAGGUGGAGCUGUGGAAGGAGCACUUCUUUGAGAGCUACUACGGGCAGAGUUCUGGGCUGAGCCCCGAGGAGUCGGAGCGGCUGACGGCGCAUCCCGAGGCAGAGCCCGCCCCGGCAGCACCACGCCGGGAGCACGGCCCCUCUGCCCCCGAGGCCCGGGCACAGCCAGCCCAGGAAGCACCAGCAGCGAGAAAAGGAGGAGAGGAAGGAAGAGAGGACGCACCAAAGCCAGCCAAGCCCCCCGAGGCCUCGGUGAAGCCCGGCGACCGCUCUGCCCCUGUCAGAGAGAGAGUCCAAGGGGAAUCCGCUCAGGAGAGACCCCAAACUGCCGCCAGGCAGAAGCCAGAGGAAGAGAGGAAGCACAGUGCAGCGAGGGAGGUGCCAGGGAACGAAGGUGCCCCCAGCAAACCAAAGAGCCCCGGGGCAGGGGAGGCAGCGGCGAAGGGGCAGAGCCCGGCGGGGGCCCCGGCCCCGCCUGAGAAGAAGCCCCCCGUGAGUGAGGACAUGGAGGUCAGCGUGGAGGCCCACAAGAGGAAGUCAGAGAGCCACGAGGAAGCUCCAGCCACCCCUGAGAAGAAGCCCCGGGUGGUGGAGCCCUGCAGGCACCACCAGGCGUUUCGGAGCCAGCCCCAGCCCUUUCCUGCCGCCGGGACCCCCGUGCCACGAGUGCCCCCCCUCAAGAUUCCCGUCUCCAGGAUCUCCCCGAUGCCAUUUCCUGCGGGCCAGGUCUCUCCCAGGGCGCGUUUCCCCCUCUCCCUCGCCAGUCCGGGCAGGACAGGGGCCAGGACCUUGGCCGACAUCAAGGCGAGAGCCCAGCAGGCCAAGGCUCAGAGGGCAGCGGCCGCAGCCGCCGCCGCCAGCGCCGCCGCCGCCGCCUCGGCCGGGGGAGCUGUGCCGGGGCCCGGCCCGGGCGGGGGGACACCCCCGGGCAGCGGCACCACCCAGACCCAAACUGGAACGGCGGGAAACCCACUGGAACUGGCAGGAGCUGGAAGCGGGGGAGGUUCGAGAAGGUUUCUUCCCCAGUGCCCAGGGCCCCGCUCCCAGGUGGAGAGCCCGGCGGCGGAGCAGGGAGCUCCUGGCAAUCCUUCUGGAGCACAACUACAGCCAAGGGGCCCCGCCCAGCCCAGAGCACCCGGCUCCUCCUGCACAGCCCCGGCACUAGGGAAUGGGAAUGGGAAUGGGAAUGGGAAUGGGAAUGGGAAUGGGAAUGGGAAUGGGAAUGGGGGGGCCGAGCCGAGCCCCCCGCGGGUGAUGGUGACCCCGGGGACGGGAUCCCCGUGUGCCGGGAGCGGGGACAGAGCGGGGACAGCCCCCUGUGCCCGCGGGGCUCCGGCGCUCGGGGACGGGCCCGGCUGUGGCACCGGCACGGCCGUACCCACGGGAGCACCCACGGCCUCGGGAGGGACCAGCUCUGACGAGUCCAAAAGCAAAUCCCCUUCCCCCCUGGUGUCCUCACUUCCAUCCGCAGGCCCCCAGGCCCAGGCUGGAGCUGUGGGUGCUCCUGCCCCCGUCCCACCCUGCAGUGCUCCCUCAGCAGCACCCGGCCUUAAAACCCCCCCGGGCGGGGCCCUGCCCAAAGCCAGCUCCAGCAUUCCUGCCAACAACCCUUUGGUCACCCAGCUGCUCCAAGGCAAGAGCGUCCCUCUGGAGCAGAUCCUGCCGAAGCCGCUCACCAAAGCAGAGAUGAAAGCGGUGCCCUUGGCUCCUCGGGAAGAGAAAGGGGCAGCGGCUCCUCCCGCUGCUCCCGGUGCCGAGGCGGGCGACACGCCGUCGGGUUUGCCCUCACAGCAGCUCGGGAAGAUCUUCUGCCAGAACAGGCCUCUGCCUCACAUUCCAAGGACCUUCCCGCUCCCCUCGGGAAAGGAGCCCGGCCAUGAGCAGCAGCAGUGCCACGAGGCGCUGAGCAAGGCGACCCAGGAGCAGAUCCUACAGACCCUCAUCAAGAGGGUGCAGAGGCAGAAUUUGUUGCCCGUCCUUCAGCCCUCGCAGCUGAACCUCCCACACUCAGGUUUCCCAGUGGAAAACAGCUCCACCAGCCAGAGAUUCAUGCUGGGCUUCACGGGCAGGAGGACGUCCAAGCCUGCCAUGUCUGGUCAUUACCUGCUCAACAUCUCCACCUACGGCCGUGGCUCGGAGAGCUUGAGGAGAGGCUUCUCCUUGAACCCCGAGCUCCGCCUGGGGCUGAGCAGUCCCGCGGAGGGUCCCAGGGCAGAGUUUGGGGAGUGCGAGGAGGGGGCCGGCCCGGGCAGCAGCAGCGAGGAGGACGCGGAUGACGAGAGCACCGGCGACGAACGGGAGCACUCGGGCGUCAAGGAGGAGCCGCAGGCGUCCGGUCAGCGUGAGAGAGAGCGGGGGUCUCACAGCACCAGCCCCGUGGAUCCCGGCUCCCUGGGGACGAGGGCGGGGAAGGCCGAGGCAGCGCUGGCAGCCGGCCCCAAGGAGAGCAGUGCGGCGCUGGACGGCACCGCGCUGGCCCGGGACCUGCUGCAGGCCGCGCAGGAGCAGAUGGCACACGCCAUGAGGGGGAGGAUGCACAGCAGCCCGGAGCUCUUCGGGCCUCCCACCCCGGACUCGGCGCAGCCUCCGCUGCUCCCCGCCCCGCACCCCCCGAAGGGCUCUGUGGGCGCCGGGGCGCAGCUCCUGGGGCCCAGUUACAGCGGCACAAUAAACGUCUCCACCUCGCCCGACGUGAGCCAGGGCUCGCUCAUCACGGGGCUGUCCGAGUGCAACCAGCUGGCCAGUUCCAUGGGGAACGUCAUGUCCUUCUCCGUGACCGUCACCACCAUCCCCGCCGGCCAGGCCGUGAGCUCUGGCGGGCACGGGCAGCCCCUCCCGGUGCAGGCCUUCGCCGAGGACGGCGGCGUGGAGGACCCCCCUUCCAAAUGUUACUGCAGGUUGAAAGCCAUGAUCAUGUGCAAGGGCUGCGGGGCCUUCUGCCACGAUGACUGCAUUGGCCCCUCCAAGCUCUGCGUCUCCUGCCUCGUCGUGCGGUAACCGGGACGGCACGGGGGGAAGAGGAUGGCUCCAUUUAGGGUUUGCUUUCGGAACUGUGUUGGGAAGAAACAGGAAUUUUACUGCCUUGCACAAGAGACACGUUACUGAAUCAGGAAAACAGAGUAGAGUCCUUCUUUCAUUAACGAAAGAGCACCUUCUUGUACAGGGAGUCGAGAUCGCGCUCGGCUGCGUGAAUUGUGACAAGAGUUUGCACUUAAGGAAUUAUGUAAAUAUGUCACAUUAUUUUGUUUAAAGAUAUUUUUUCAAUCUUUUAGGAGGUAGUGUUUGACUUGUGCUGCAGUUUCAGUAACCCCAGCCCGCUCUGAGCGUGUUUGCUGAGCUCUGCUCGACGCGGGGGCUCCAACCCGUAGCCUGUGGUUGGUCUUCUCCUGGCAAGGAGGAGAGUGGGAUAAUCCCAAUCCAUCCGUGUGUGCUGACCGGGGACAGAGCCCUGAGAGGGCUCCCUUGGCUGCCCUCUGGUUCAAAUCUUUGGGAGUUGGGAGGCACUGCCAGUGUCGUGCCAGCCUUUCCAGCCAUUGCCUUCCCCCCCUGUGACCUGGCUGUCCCCAGGAGGCUCCUGGGCUGUGCAAUAUGGGCUGGGGUUUCUGAGCUGCAGAUCCUCUCCCAGGAGGCACUUCCACACCACAUUGUGAGGGAGGUGGUGUUUGGGUGUGUGACUGGGCAAACUGAAAGAAGGAACUGUCCCGGCCGUGGGGUCCAGAGUCCCUGGAACAGCUCAGGAACUGGGAUUGUCGGUGCCCCCUGAAGCACUGAGAGCAGAGCUCACACAGCUGUGCUUGGACUGGCAGGAAUCUGCUCUCCUGGGCGUUCCCAGUGAGCUGGGAGGUGCCCUCCUGCAGCCCAGGGCCAACAGCUGCUGGGACACGGGGGCAGGUGAGGGGCACAAAGCGUCACCCUCGGUCCUGCCACGUUCUGGGAAGCGUUUUGUGCUCCCCCAAACCCCCCCGUGGUCAGACAUCUCCAGUUUCUAUCCAAGAUUCUGUGUUUAUUCCGUGUAGGGAAAGGCAGUGAGUGUCUGGUUGGGCCUCUCUGGGCAGCUCUCCGUGUUUGAAGAACCAAACCAGGCUCAGCUCAGCUCGGGUUGGGCUCAGCUGAGGGGAAGGAUGGGCUGGGGACGGGGCUGCCCCUGCCCCUUGUACCUGGCAGGGCCAGACACAGCUGGGGAUGCUCGUCCUCACUGUCCAUUCCCGGAUUCCUUCCUCUGGAGGAUGGAAACUAAAGCAGUCCCGCGGUGGCCCCGCGUUCCCUCGGGAGCUGAGGACGGGCUCACACGGGGCACUCGUCACACCAGGGCUGUUCAGAGACCACCAGGCUCGGUGGGCCCGUCCAGUCCCACCCUGUCCCUGCCCUGGCAGGCAGGGAACUCGCUGCCUCCUGGUCAGGGAACAGAGCUGGGCGUGUUUUUGAUGGAAAAGCACUGAAUUCACUUUGAAUCCAAAGGCCUUUUAAAGCUGAAGCAAUAUUCCCAUGGCAGUGGGACGGCUGGGUGGUGCACGGGGUCCUCAGCCCUCCUUUCCUCUCCCUGGGCUGUACUGCUGCUUCCCCUUCCCUUCUGCCCCCGGGAACCUGGCACGUGGUGGGGAGGAGCAGAAAUAAUUGUCUGGGAGGUUUUCCAAGGAGCAGGCACUGCCCAAACCUGCCAGAGCUCCAGGAGGGUUUGGACGACGCUCUGAGGCACAGGGUGGGGUUGUUGGGGUGUCUGUGCAGGGCCAGGGGUUGGACGUGAUGGUCCUUCCAGCUCAGGAUAUUCCAUGGUUCUGUGAUUUAUUUGGUGAUGGUAAGGAAAAGGGAGUUGCAAACUAAACCCCGUGGUAGCAGGAGUGUUUCCUUCCCUGCCCUGCGAGCGCAGCUGCCUCCGGAGCAGGAGCUGCAGCGUCACUUGGUCUGGGAUCUGCUCACCUUAAAUUCAUCGCAGAGCAGUGGCCCCCCCUCUGUCUGAGUCCACAUCACUGCUCAGCCAUCCCCUGCAGAGGAUUUAGGGAUUAGAAAUAAGCUCAAUUUUUUUAAUCUAAAGCUGAAAUCUC